CAGGAAUGAAGUAAACAGAGAACCUUCAGAUCAGUUCGUUACGUGAGACUGAGAAACACGAAGAUGGGAUUGAAGCGAAUAGAAAACCUCGCAUUCGCGUUGUUUUUAACCAACAUUACCAUGUUGGCAGGGACAUCAGUACAUUUCUUGGAUAUAGAAGAACUCAAAAGUAUCCAUUAUGACAUAGAUAUCCUUGAAAAUCCUGUUUUAUAUGGAAGACCACUCCAUACCGAGGUAGUUUACUUGAGUUCUAAGUUUGGACAGCGUUAUGAAUGCCAACUCCCUGAUGUUGCUGAUGUUGGUAAAGUGCAAGAAGAAGAGAAGUCUGCUGCUGAAACAGGAAUAUCAGAUCUUCUCAAACCCAUGGAACUUGCACCCUGCUUGCUCAAGAACAAAGAUUGGUGGACAUAUGAGUUCUGCUAUGGAAAACAUGUUCGACAAUUUCACCUAGAAAAUAGUCAAGUUUCAGGGGAAGUGAUCACUAUUGGCGUCUUUGAAUCUGAAAUGGACUGGAAAAACAAAAGCCAUUCUGCUGCAAAAAGACACAGAUUGAAUCGAUACCACAGUCAUCGCUAUGUCAAUGGAUCAAACUGUGACUUGACUGGUAAACCAAGAGAAGCUGAAGUUAGAUUUUUAUGUGCUGAGAAUGAGCUUGAUACAAUGACUAGGAUUGAUGAGCCAGAAUCAUGUCGCUAUGUGAUUACAGUACAUACUAUGAGGAUAUGCCAUCAUCCUUACCUGAAACCACCAGCCAAGGCUAAACCAAAGACAAUCCUCUGCUACCCUCUACUCAUGCAAGAACAAUAUGACCAAUAUAUGCAUCAACAGACUAAACAUAGAUAUUCAAAAGAAGCACAGGAAGGAGAUAUUGCUGAUGAUGAGAAAGAAGGAAAGGAGAGUAUCUCUGGAGAUCUAGAUGACUCAGAUGAUAAUGAAGACAGUGAUGAUGAUGAUCUAGAACUACUUGAGGAACACCAUCUCAAUGGAGACGCAUCAAAUCUUGGACCUGAUAAGGCCCUUGCAGAAAAAGAGGUUGGCAGGUCUGCUAUGCACCCUGAUGAGCUAGCAAACUUACUUACAGAGGUUGUGGAAGGAGUACAAGGAACAAUCAAGAAAAUCAACUCUCAACUUGAAGGUGAUGGGACGCCAGGUGAUGAAAGCAUUGAUGAUGACGAUGAUGAAGAUGAUAUGGAGCUUCUCAAGAUGGACUAUAAGGCAUUGAUUGAUGCAGUCAAAUAUCUACCUACAGAGAAUCAAGCAGAAGCUAUGGAACUAAUCAAGGAGCUUGAAGAAACUUUUCAAAGUAUUGAUGCAAUGGAGAAGGUGCUAGAUCAAAUUGAUGAUGAUUUGGAGGAUUCAUUGCAGCAAUCAGACUCACCCUCUGAAGACCAUGUCACAGUCUUAGAAACAAACAUGGAUGAUGACAUGAUAGGAGAAGAUGAAAUCAAUGAAGGUGUCACUGGAGAAAGUCUAAUGAAAGAAGAAAUGAAGGAGAAAGGGGAGGAGGACAAGGAGGAAUUUGAAGAGGAGGGGUUAGAUGAGAAUCAUUUGACUGAAACAUUAAACAGGCUUAUUAGGAAGCUGAAAGAAAAUGAUGGUGUUCAAAGAGAUUCAUCAUCCUCAGAUAAUACUCCUUCAGAAUCUGGUGAUGUAAGCAACAGGGUCAGAGUACGGGUCACUAGGGUCAAGUUGGACAAGAAUCAGAAGGCAUCAUCUGAGCAGGAGGUCAAGUUUCUAGAUACAGAUCAUCAAGAUAUUGAAAAAGCCAUUUCAGAUCAAUUAGAGAAAUCUGGGGUAAAUAAGAAUGGUGCUAGUCAGUUUGAAGUGAGAAUUUUGAGCUAUGUACCAGAAGAAUGGCCAGAUCAAGGGACUGAGGAGGAAGGAUUCGCUAUAUUGAAUGAGGAAGAUAGCAGCUAUUUUAGGAAUAUGAUCUUUAGUUUGGUGAUGAGGGAUGAUGGAGAGGUUCAAUCACGACAAGCCAAACUUCAAAAGAAUUAUGGAUUCCAAUGGAAUGCAGACCCAGAUAUGGACCAGUCUAAAAUAUCAGAUGAGAGCCGAGACCAAGAAGAGGUCCAGAUCCUCAUUCCAAGAUUCAGAACAAAAGAUUCUUCUCAAGAACAAGGUCAAUCAGAUCCUGAAAGUUAAGCAUCUAGAAAUGUUGAUAUCUUUUAGCUCUGAUACUCGACUCAAAUUAAUAUCUCUUUUGUUAUUGAUUGAAUCAGAUCCUGAAAUCAGAUCCUUGCUCUGAGGCUGGACUGAGAUUGGGUAUUUUGUGUUAUUGACUAAAUGACAGAGAAAAAUUUUCAGGAUAUAAUUUUGGAGUUAAAACAUACCAUCUCAAGUUAAUUCUGUUAUUACCACUCCUUCAAAAUGUAAAGAGCAAUAAUAUAUAUAAUGAAUUCAAUAUCUUUAUUAUUUUGUUUGUAUGUGAAUAAUUAAUUUUCUUAUGUGGGACAUUUUCUUCUGACUUUUGUGUUUGAUAUAUUCUUGUGAAUGUAUAACAUAUUGAUUGAGUGCAAUAAUGAAAUAACUAUUUGCAGGAUUCUAACAGACUACAAAGUUUACAAACAUUUUACAAGUUAAUACUAUCAGCAUCUCAUUUUGAGGAUCAGUUUCUGUCCCUAUUGUUAAGUGUGCUAUGUGUUAUGAAAUUAUCCAACUAUAUAGUUUAGCAAAAACAGUACUUUAUAUUGAUCAAAGAGUUUUAUUGGUAGGGAUGAAAAAGCCAAGUAAAAUCCUAAUGCAGUGUGUAUGAAAAGUUCAGGUGUUUGUAAAUUCUGUUUUUAUUCCAAUUCAAAUUGUGAAAGAUAUUUUAAGUGUUUGUCAAUUGCUCUAUAUAUUAUUCUAUUAAAUUAGUAGUUUCUGUUCUCGCUUGUAAUUGAGCAGUUGCUAGAUGGUUUGUCUUAUGUAAAAAAUUGGUGGGUGCAGAAAUCAAAAAGAGA